UGCUUGCAGGGCUGAGCUGCUACUGAGGCUGCACCACCACCCUGACAGCCCUCUUGCAAGAUGGACCAGGAAACCCUGGGAAGCAUUGUCCUGCUCGCCAUCGUCACCUUGAUAAGUGUUGUCCAGAACGCUUUUUUUGCUAGCAAAGUGGAGCAUGAAAGCAAACACUGCAACGGCAAGGGGUUCCAGCGGCCCGGAUCUUCUGCCUUUGACCGUGUCUACACUGCCAACCAGAACUGCGGACAUGCGUACCCUACGUUUCUGGCCAUGCUUUGGUGCGCUGGCCUUCUCUGCAGCCAAGCUCCUGCUGCCUUUGCUGGCCUGAUGUACUUGUUUGUGAGGCAGAAGUACUUUGUGGGCUACCUUGGGGAAAGGACUCAGAGCACUCCUGGUUACUUGUUUGGAAAGCGCAUCAUUUUAUUCCUGUUCCUCAUGUCCGUGGCUGGAAUACUCAACUACUAUCUCGUCUUCUUUUUCGGAAGUGACUUUGAAAUGUACAUAAAAACGAUAACCAGUGCGAUCUCUCCGUUGCUGCUCAUCCCAUAGCUCCCUGCAGCACCGAGGGGGUCAGCGUUCUUAAUACAUUGAUACCUAGAAGCAGCCAUAAUUCAACUGUUUAAGAUAUGAACCCUUAACCCUUUUAGACUGCUGCAAAUCUCAUGCUUGAUAGGCUUUGUAGUUUGAUUUAACCUUGCUUUGUCCUUCAGGAAAGAUUUGUCAUGAGCACUUGGCACGCCCAAGGAAUGGUAAUGACUUCUAGUAAGUUUUUUUCCAUAAGUGCAGUUUGCAAGCUGAUUGCAUGACUGGAAGGGACACUGUAUGCUUCGUUCAUACCUGCAUUGUACUUAGCUGUUGUCCCAAAACCCAGGAGCCUCUCAACAUUGUUCCUGGCUGAUGGCUCCCAUGGUUAUUGCACAGGCACAGCCUUUUGCCAGCAUGCUGCACGCCCCUGCCCAUGCAAAAGCAUGGACCAGCCACUUCACCCACCCUUUCCCUCCCACUUGUUGAUGACCGAACUCACGCUGCUGCAGGAGGUGGCAAAUUGGCCCCUGUCUGAUCUGUCUUGAUAAAUAUUCAUGUGUGUAACGCUCCCGACACUCAUCUCAUUUACACUUCAGCCUUUUUGUUCUCCCAGAGCUGUGGAAAGGGGUCUUGUGUAACUGAGAAGCUGGUGUAUUGAUGGUGGGGUUGGUUUUGUUUUGCUUGGCUUUGUUUAAUAAAACAGUCUAAAAGGAUGAAA